CCAGCGUUAUGUGUGCGUAGUUGUGCUGGUCCUGCAUUUUAUCGCAACAAAAAGCGAAACUACUGCAAUUUUUCAAAAGCAUUCAACUUUUUGGUCGGACAGGCGUAGUGUGGGUGUUAUCUAUUCUGCAUUUAGCGCUCAAGAUACUAUCGACAGGCUAGAUAAUCUACAUCAAGUUAAUUUUCGUUUCUACGAAUUAAACUCGUCGCGCCCCACGUUUUACUCUACGCAAACAAGAUGGCCGAAUCCGCCAGCCCAGAAAAGCGACGAGAACGGGAACGUAGCUACAGUAGCGAUUCAUCGGACGACUAUGUCUCGAAGGCCAGCAAAAGAAACGCAGUGAUUGUAGAACACUUCAAUGAACUAUUUCUGGAUCGAUUCACCGAGACUGAUAAGCAAUACCAAGAAUAUGUUAAAAGAGGAUCGGAGGCUCCUCCCAUUCUUCAAGAAUACGAGAAACCACGCCGUCUUUACUACACCCCGUUCAGCCGAAAUUUCAGGGAUCAACGCUUUGGUGGAGGUGGGAGACGUUUUGAUGACAGAUAUCGUGGUUACGGAGGUGGUGGUGGCGGUCGUUAUUAUGGAAACCGUAGUAAUUAUGACCGAGGGUACCAGCGACGCGACAGCAGAGAUCACUACUCAGAUAGGAAGUACAGUAGUAGCAGUAGACGAAGCCGAGAACGGCGAUACAGCCGCUCAUACAGCAGAUCUAGAUCUAGGUCUCGUUCACGAUCACCUUAUUAUCGCAAAUAGUUUUAAGAUGUGUUUGGGUUGUCAUAUCAUUUUGAACAGUGUUAGCCAUUUCACCACAAGGUCUUUUCGCCCAAAUUUGUCUGCACUUUUUUCUCAUGUUCUUCAAUAUUUCUGGAAAUGAACCCUAAUUUUGGAACUGGCAAACUUAGUAAAUUUUCAUUUUUUUUGUUUCAAUCUUCUAAAAGAAAGUGCAGACUAUGAACAGGACUAUUUUAUGAAACUGGUGGUGAAAAAUAUUUCACGUCAUAAUUUCAUUUGACCUAUGUAAUUUACUUUCAAUUGGAAUUGCAUGCGAUCUUCACUUGAACUUGAUCCAAACUUUUUAAGGUUGCCCAGUUUCCUGAACAUUGUAGUUUUGAAGUGGAUAUUCAAUAGUUUUUGUGUAAGAACACGUUCUAGCAUAAGCGUCAAUCAAAUCACGGCAACUGCCUAUAUCUUCACUAAUAGCUUCCCCCACACCUCUUUCUUUUUUUUCAAAUUUCCAGAGCGCUGCAUUACCUUGAGUUUUCAAUUGAGUGUGUCACGCUUAACUUUGUUCUUCAUGUAUGAACUCUGUAAUCCACAUACAAUAUCAUGUUAAUCUCAAAAAAUGAGGUUCGUAUCCCCGAUUUUGUUUUCACAUUACCUGUUCUAAACUCAGUAAAAUGUGUAAAUUAUUAUAUUCAUUUUGUAAAUUGUCUAUUGUUCAUCUGAAAUUACUGCCCACUUCUUUUUACAAUCUUUGGCGCCUUUCAAAUUUUACUCAGUUAUGGUAGUCUAAUGCUCUAUAAAAGGCACGCUUGUUUACAAGCAUACAGUGACUGCUUUAGAAAAAAGGGCGCUUGAAGAUAAUGUCGUAUUUGCUCCAAUAAGGUAGCAGGGUGGUAUUCCUGUUAGAAAAAUGUUGAUGAUAAUGACCAAAAUCUAAGAGUUUACCAAUGAGUAAACAGAAAUUUGUACACUUGUUAUAGAAGGAGAAAACAUGCAUUUUUUGUGGGGGGGGGGGGGGGGUAACAAAAUAUAUAUGACAGUACAUACUGUUUUAUUUUAUUUUGACUAUCCUGCUACCUUAAAAAAGCACUUAUAAGUGUAAUGGAUUUAUUUUGUACUUGUGUGGUGCUAUGAAAUAUACAAUUAUACAAUUCCUUGUGGCCAAAUCUAAAUGGAAUUCACAAUGAGCGAAUUGUGAGCGGUUUGUGGAAGCCCAGCUUUUUGAGUUGAUCCAAAGCGAAAUACAAGACUGUACUUGAUUGGCUUCCCAUCCCUAACAGUCAGACCAAUAAGAGAGCAGCUUGUUGACAGGCUUUUUCAAUGUAUCAAUUUUUGCUUUGUAUACAUGCUUUGACCAUCGUACAGCUUUUUGCCAGUGUGCAUUUCUUUCCACUCAUUGAACUCGCUGCUGUAUCAAGUACAAUAUUCUAUAGUAUGGUUUAAAAUUUAAGAAGACUCUUACGAAAGCAUCCAGGUGCUGCUGUCAAAUUUGUAUAAUGGUUGCAACCACAAGGUAUACAUGUAUUACGAGGAAAUGUCUUUGUUGACUUCAUAGUGAAACUUUUUCUUUUGUUUACAAUAACUCAAAACAGAUUUAGGUACAUGUUUGGAAACGUUCAGCAGGUCGGAAUAUCCAUCAAAUCUUCUAAAAUUGUAUCAUUUAAACUUUGACUGCAAAAUAUUUGGGUUUUGUAUUUAGAAAUAAAGUUUUUAUACAG